AUGAAAUUUUCUUUUGUGUCUGGAGAAAAUAAUCCAGCAGACUGCAUCACCAGACCUUUAUCCUUUAGGCAGCUGAUGAAAACAAACUAUAUAACUGGUCCUAAGUUCAUUACAGAGAGCGAAAGCAAUGGGAUCUGUAGUGACAGCACAUUGUCUUUCAUUAUACCUGGAUUAUUUGAACCAAAACGAGUGCAUAAAGUGGAGACAAAUUGUGGUAGUGCUUGUUCACCUCCGCAUGUGGGCUCGGAACAUCUUUUCUCUUUUAAUAGGGUUUCUAGUUUUGAGAAGGAUGUGAGAGUACAUGCGGUGGUGCUCAGGUUCUGCAGCAUUUUGAAAUCUAAUUUUAAAAGUAAACAUCCAGCUCUAGAUCAUUUUGAAGUUGAAGAUGAAGGCUUUAACUUUUAUGAUGAAGCUUGUAGGCAGAUUAUAAUCAGGGAUCAACAUAUUCACUUCCCAGAUGUCUUUGAUUAUUUUCACUCAAAACAGAAGCAGUUGAAGAAUCUGCCUAACAUUGUUGCACAGUUGAACUUGUUUCUUGAUUCGGAUGGCAUGGUGAGGGUAAAGAGUAAAUGCCGAAGAUUGAAGGAAGUCCAACAUCUUAACAAAUUCAACUAUCCUUUACUAAUAUCGAAGGACAGUAUAUUGGUUCCUCUGAUUAUAAGGGAAUUGCACGUGAAGCUCUCACAUGCUGGUUGUUAUCCUUUGUUGGCGGAACUUAGAAGAAACUUUUGGAUUGCCCAUAUAUACUCGGCUGUAAAGAAUGUUCUGUCAAACUGCAUUACUUGUAAGAGAGUAAAUGAGAGGAUAAUUAAACUAAAUCAAAGUCAUUACCCAGAGUUCAGGAUUAAUCCUGAAAACAUACCGUACAGGCAGAUUUUUAUUGAUCAUAUGGGUCCAAUUAAAAUAAAGAAUGAUCAAGGAGAUACUGUCAAGGUAUGGUUGUUAUGUAUUACGUGUCUGUGGUUUAGGGCUAUUAACUUGAAAAUUUGUAUGGAUUUAACUUCAGAGGAAUUUAUUAGAGUAUUACAACUUCAUACAUAUGAAAUUGGCAUUCCCUCCUUAUGUCUGUCUGAUUUGGGAUCGCAAUUCGUUGCUGGUGCAAAUCAGAUCUCUAGUUUGCUUAGGCGGAUGUCGGGAGUUGACAAGAGAGGAUAG